AUGUGGUCUUCUGCAGAUUUUGGGAGUUUCAGUACAAAUUCUGAUGUAGGUGGGGGAUUUUUCAAAAAUUUUCCAGCUGCAGAUUCUAAGAAAGGAAUGAACUCUCGUGGUUUAGUACCUUGCACCUGUGCUGAGAUCUGUUCAGCUACUCAAGACGGCGAUAAAUUUGUGUCUUCUACAGGAAUUCAUUUUUCACAGGUCACACUAGUUGGUGUAGUUCGUUCCGUGAACGAGUCAUCAACUCGCUUUGAUUACGAAGUUGAUGAUUAUACCGGUCCGUCUAUUCUAGUUAAGCAGUUUGUUGAUGAUGAGGAUUCGUCCACUGAACAUGGUGGUAGUCGUGCUAUUCGUGAAUUGACAUAUGUCCGUGUCUAUGGUCAUGUCCGCAGUUUUCAAGGUACCAUCAAUGUCGUCGCCUUUAAGGUAGUCCCAGUUACCGACAUGAAUGAACUAACUUGCCACAUUCUCGAAACCAUCUAUGCUCGAAUGGUUCACGCGAAAUCAAAUAACACAAAUUCUACGGAUAUAUCUUCUAAGGAUGUAUCCAUGAUCCCUGUUACUAAUAUUCGCGGUCUGACGGUUUUACAGUCACAAGUUCUGUCUUGUGUGCGAGCGGCAGUUGAUGAUGAUGGCAUAACCAUCAGUCAGAUUUGUGAAAAAUUACGCGGUGUCCCUGAGAGACAAAUUAGAGAUGAACUGGACUUCCUCAGUGCUGAAGGACACGUUUAUUCAACUGUGGAUGACAACCAUUUCAGAGUUACCGAAAAAUAG